UCAUAACUUUCAGUGUGAGGGCAUGAUGGGAAAGGCCGGCGGCCAGGUGGGAGGGCAGGAGCUCACCUGUGGCAAGAGGGGAGGGGGGCAGAGACCGGGCCUCCCCGGGACCAGCAGCUAUGAUACGCUUUUUGUUGCUCUUCAGCCGACAAGGGAAAUUAAGACUUCAGAAGUGGUUUAUUACGCUGCCUGAAAAAGAGAGAAAGAAGAUCACUCGCGAAAUUGUACAGAUUGUUCUGGCUCGCAAUCAAAAAAUGUGCAGCUUUGUUGACUGGAAAGACCUUAAGCUUGUUUAUAAAAGGUAUGCUAGUUUAUAUUUCUGCUGUGCAAUAGAAGGUGAAGAUAAUGAACUUUUGGCACUAGAGACUGUCCAUCGUUAUGUAGAACUAUUGGACAGAUAUUUUGGAAAUGUAUGUGAGCUGGACAUUAUUUUCAAUUUUGAAAAAGCCUACUUUAUUCUUGAUGAGUUUCUAAUGGGAGGAGAAAUCCAAGAAACAUCCAAAAAGUCUGCAGUGAAAGCAAUAGAAGAUGCCGACAUGUUACAAGAGACAAUGGAAGAAUACAUGAGCAAGCCUGCGUUUUAACUAGAAGCUGCAUCAACCAAAAAAGAUACUGCAUAGCAGGAUACAUGUAAACCUGCCUGUUCCUAGACAUUGGAUUUUAUUUAAGAAAUGGAAGACUUUUCUCCCUCAAACCUAUGCAACAGUCAAGAUGAAGGCCAGCCACAGCAUCACGUGUUUGACAACAUAUGUGUAUUAUACUUUAUAUGAAGACCUCAUGAUUUUAUCAAAUUCUUUUUGGCUGUCCAGAUUGAAUGUUUGUUCUUAAUGGCAACUCUUAUGCUCUUUUUUU